GGCUCACAUGUAGACUCACAACCAUUGCAACGCCUCUUCGCAAUGGCACCUCCUGGCUAUGUCCCGCCCAGUUAUUCUCACAAUAACAUUCCCGAGCGUUACAUGCACAAGAACCCUCCACCUCCAGAAGAAGAUACCAAUACACGUGCCUACGCUCUAUUCUUCUCAUAUCUUGGACUGUGCUUCUUAUUAAGCGUCUUCAUCGUUUUCAAGCUCAUCAGAAAUCACAAUGUGCUUUGCUACGCUAGCAGCGCUUAGUCUCUUUACGACUUGGUACUACAUGUACCAUUACUUUCGUGUUUCGUACCAGGCAUGGGCUAUGUGGCGGUCUCGGUACGAUGUUAGUCAAGAUACGAUGCACUGGGGGCUGUGGUUAUCCGAAACCUCGCUGUUCAGAGAGUUUUGGGAGACGAUCGUCGUAGGAAAUGCACGCUACUGGUGGUCGCACCAGAUCUUCUUCUUUGCAUCUGGACUGGGGUUGAGUUUGGAGGAACGAGGUAUGAUUCCAGCGCGCCGCCUCGAAAUGCACGCUAACGUCUCAGGAAUCCGCCGCGGCAUCAAGUAUACGUGGGCGUUCAUGCUCCUCGGCCAGAUCGUCUCAAUCAGCUUUGCGACAAAUCUGUACCUUCUCACCUUGCUUCUGACUCCGCCACUGCCACCUCCUUCGUCCUCUGCUGGCAUCUAUCGAAGACAGUGGUUCGGCCCAUGGCUGAUCAACCUCCUCGCCAUCGUCUUUACCAUCUGGUCAGCAUAUCAACUCGCGGACGAGCACUACUGGUACCACCAGACGGAGUUCAUGCCAAUGCUGUUGACGCCGCAUGUCGCACUGCUUGCCAUGCCACUGCUUCGCGCGGUCGUCCCUCAAAAGUAUCUGUCGGAGUCGAACGUGGAAUUCACAGGCACACUCUACAAGUUUCUCUGGGCUGCGAACAACUUUGGUGGUGGUCUCCUGUUCACCAGGGUGACCGCUGUGGCCUAUAAAUUCAGUGGCCCGCGCGGCAUUUGGCAGCAGAUGUGGGAGCAUCCAGCUGUCAGCAGCGUGGCCUUCGAUGUCAUCUUGUGUUGGGUCACCUGGAGUGCUUGGUGGGCCACCCAAACGCACACCACCAGCGCUAUGCCAGCCAUCGGAGAGGACGAGAAAGAAGGCGAAAGUGCGGCCGCUGGGUCAGGGAGGGCUGAUGCGCUUCCCGAGACUGGCAGCGCGAUGCGCCGGCGGUGAAUUGGUGCUGCAGUCGGAUAACUGCGAGCGAGUUUGAACGGCGGCGUACGAUGGGGCAGGAAGUCGCUCACGGGCGCGAUCUGUAUUGGCCUAGACGGAGCGAUGUUAGUUGCGCAGCAGGAAGUUGUAGACGAG